GUGCGGCACCUUGGAUACACACCUUGGAUACGCACCUUGGAUGGCAGGGCCACGCCUCCUUACCCAUCAGCCACCUGCCUCCUACCCCGAACCUAAACCGCCGUAAAUAUGACAGACGACGCAGCAGUUCGUUUCCGCGCUUCCGAACAAGAACACUAUGCACUGAGUUCGGUUCACCUUAGCAGCGACGAACCAUGUGCCCAAUAAGGUAUUGGCGAGGACGGCGACUAUUAAUGCCAACCUUCUCCCUCGGCGAAGCGACCGCCUCUCGAUCAGCACAUUAUCUCUCGUCUGUUCAUAACUACGACCCGAAGGCAUUUAAAUACCCCGUUCCUACCAUCACUCCGCCCACCAGUUCAGCCAUCCAUCCCAGCAGCCAUCCAAUCCGACUCUGGAUUUCUUUUUUUUUUUUUCCUAUUAUUUUUCCUUACCAUCUAGGCCAUCAUGGACAUCAAACAAGACGAGCAACAGUUAAGGCAGACGGUACCCCGGAUAGAUACCAACUUGCUGCCAAAAUUGGCCAUCGCUUCGCAAACCCAUCGUGUCCUUCUCAGAGACUUCCUCGACGACAUCCCCCCCGAGGCGGAGCCCAUCCUCCCCUACAUUACGGAAUUGGAAGCGCGAUGCGGGAUUUUCCGCCAUUUCAAAAGCGAGUGCGAUCAGAUGAAGAGUCCUCCUCGGUGGGACUUGAACGCGACGGCGUUAGCUAUAAUCAUGGUGGCCCCGAUCUCACAGCUCAGGAUGGUCCUCAAUAACAUCGCCGGGCUAAGCGACGUCGCGGUUUGCUUCGGAGGAGUCUUCCACGUUCUUUGCAAAGAAGCGGUGGCUGGAGUGAGGGCUUAUCUUUCCAACGACGAGGGCCACAAUAGCCCGAGAAGGUCGAUACUUGUCUACCAAGGCUCGGGGACACCAACCCCAGCCAAAAGGAGACAUGUGAUGAUGUCUAACCCGUAUUUCGGGCUGCGCCAUUCGGGAUUCGCGUUGGACACGCUCAACGCGGAAACUGCACAUAGACUCGUGAGUAGUCCUUAUCGACCAAACCAGAAGCAUACGGCCAACAUUGUGACAUUGCAGCACCGCAACUGCUAUGGGUAUACGUGUGCCAUUACUGGAUUGCCCGACCCUGAGGCUGCAAACAUUUUCCCUACCACGGUCGGUCCCAAAGGGAACUUGGCCGGCCUAAACGGAAUGCUCCAUGAAUUCUGGGGCGAGGGGGCGUUCAGGGCCUGGGAGAAAUUGAUCCGGGACGACCGCGUUCUCGAGUCUCCCAAAAAUGUCGUCUACCUCAACCGGCAGUUGCGCUUCUGGUGGGACAAGGCCAGGUUUGCCCUGAAGCCUCUACGCGAGUCUGAGAAGGAGGUGGUGGUCCAGUGGCACUGGCUCAAACGGGCCUGUUUGAAGCCCAAGCAGCGGUUAGCUACCGACGACUUCUUAGCUGAAGCCGGUCUCGUCGACCAGAAAUGGGGCCGCGGCCUCGCACACCGCAGCAGCGGCGUGGCCAUCGAAACGGGCCAGGUCUUUUCCAUCCGGGCCGACAACCCCCUCUUCCUGCCCAGUUUCGAGCUGCUCCGGCUCCGCUGGGACCUGCUGCGUGUCGCCACGAUUUCUGGGGCCUCCGAGGCUUCGGACGCAGACUACGCCAGAUACGAAGACGACGAGCUGGAAAUGAGCCCCGGGGAGGCGGAAGCGUGCCUCGACAUGCCAGUGGUAGCAGAGGAGAGCGAUUCAGAAGACGAAUACUCGUACUAGGAGCGCAAGGGCCUCGUAGAGAGAGAGAGAGACAGGCGGCACGGCGGUAACUUGUGUCGCCAUUAUUAUGCCUUCACAGGUUACGGCUACUCGCUCGACAGACACGGGGGGGAGAAAGCGUUUCGAGAGUGGAAUGGGUCGUA